GCCGGAAGUAACCUGAACACAGAACCUGCCUUGUCUUUGGCUCUCUGGGCGCACAGUUAAGUUCUCCUGACGUGUUUUCAGGCUGUAGGUCCAUUAAAGGUUCUUUCCAAGACCAGGUGUGUGAUGUCAGAAGAAGACAUUCCUCGGUGUUGUCUGCUCUCCUGACGAAGGCUUCCAGAUGUCUGUGACACUGACAGCCAUGAGCAGCGGCGGCAAGCAGCGGCAGUGGGUGGAGUCUGAGGGGACCCAGCGCCGUCCUCGGGGUCCCUACAUCUCAGUCAUCACCAACAGAACCACCAACCUCCUGAUCCGGGGGUCCAUGCUGUUCUCCGUUGGUGUUUUCCUGGCUCUGGUGCUGAACUUACUUCAGGUUCAGAGGAACGUCACUCUCUUCCCGCCUGAUGUCAUCAGCAGCAUCUUCUCCUCCGCGUGGUGGGUUCCGCCGUGCUGCGGUACCGCCUCAGCAAUGAUCGGGCUGCUGUACCCCUGCAUCGACCGCCGGCUCGGGGAACCCCACCGGUUUAAGAGGGAGUGGUCCAGCGUGAUGCGCUGUGUGGCCGUGUUUGUGGGCAUCAACCACGCCAGCGCUAAAGUGGACUUUGCCAACAACAUCCAGUUGUCCUUGACUCUGGCGGCUCUCUCUAUUGGUUUGUGGUGGACAUUCGACCGUUCCCGCAGCGGCUUCGCCCUGGGGGUCACCAUCGCCCUGCUGGCGACGCUAGCCACCCAGCUGCUGGUCUACAACGGAGUCUUCCAGUACACCUCCCCAGACUUCCUCUACAUCCGCUCGUGGCUCCCCUGCAUCUUCUUUGCGGGGGUGAUCACCAUGGGCAACAUAGGACGGCAGCUUGCAUUGUAUGAACACAAGUUCCUUCUGGAGAAAACCCACCAGGACUGAGGGCCUUGCUGGCAGGCGGCGGGAAAGCGUCCUGCUUUGGCCCGAUCAAUGGGAUUCCUGAUCAGACUUCCAGCAGGUCUGGCGUUCUGCUCGGAGCUGAGGCGACUGGAGACCACAGACUUUCCGGCGUGUUUUCUUUUUCAUGUACCUGGAAUCAGAAACUUUGGCUCUAUGAGCCCUGUCUUCAUGUAUCAGUGGAGAACUCACCUGCUCCUCAGCUCACACCUCAGCAGGUGUGAACCAUCAAACCACACCUCCUUCUGGAUGUACUUCGUUGUCGUCCACUCUGGUACAUUACCGUGGGGGUGUCUGUCCCCGAACACGGUUUGACCAGGGUCACCUGACCAACAUCUCCAGGCAAUGGCUGCAUUUCCAUGACAGUUUUGGCUUAAAGACAUGAGCAGUAUUUAGGACUUUUGUUAAAACAGUGAAACGACUCACUUGGUGAGAGUCAAGUAAAGCAGUUUCCCCGGAUUGUUAUGUUCUGAAACAUGGAUAUCACAUAAGAACCAAGCAUGUGUAACAGUGGUAAAAAAAAACCCACGCCCUGAUGGACUCUACAUUUUAUGAGCUGCGUUAACAUUCCUGCAAAAGUCCUGCAAAAACUUGACUACUCUUCAUAAUGUCAAUAAAACCCAGUUGUUACA